GAACAUUUACAGAUGUUUUAACACUUAAAUACGACGUCGUUCUAGAAACGCUCUGUUGUCGACGUCGUUCUUUUGAAGCGAACCCUAUCUUCAGGAGUUCCUUUCUUCUAAACCCCCAACUUCGAACACCGCCACACACGGUGUUCAGAAUUUAUCGGAUCCGCCAUGGACGACGGGUCCGCGGCCGAGCUCGGGGUGGAAGAGAAGUUAUCGGUGGAGCCGUCUAUAUCGAGCUCAAGUGGAGCUGGACGAACUCCAGAGGAACUAGUGGCGAAAGCCAUAGCUCCCGUUAAGAGGGGCUUCCUUCGUCCUCCUCCUACCAGACCUCACUCGGCCGACGCAGAUGGCGGUGUUUCCGACGCCAAAGCCGCUGCUUCUGUCAUAAUCAAAGAAAAGAAGUCCAAGCGUCAGCUCAAAAGAGAACGUCGUCAGGAACAAAAAUCUGUGCUGCAUAUCUGUCCUGAGAUAGCGAAGACAGGAAACAUUGGUUCAUGCCCUUACAAUGAUAAAUGCCGUUUCAGCCAUGACUUAGAAGCCUUUAAAACGCAGAAACCAGCUGAUCUGGAGGGAAAUUGUCCUUUCAUGAGUGCCGAAGUGGCUUGUCCGUAUGGGUUGGCAUGUAGAUUUUCAGGUACACAUAAAGAUGAUAUUUGUAAUGGAGCUUUGAAUGGUCAGAAGAUAAGCUCAGAAAUGAAUGGACUGAGCAAAGAUGUUCAGAAGCUUUUAUGGAAAAAUAAAUUGAACUUCCCCAAGGCAAAUGCUAAACUCAAACUUCUUGGGCUGAUGGGCAAGGCCAAUUCGAAAGUGAAAAUGGAGGAUAAGGAGGAAGGUGAUCAAACUAUUUCAAAUGGUUCACAUGAUGUUGAUGAAAAUGCUCGUAAUGAGGCGGCCAAUGACUUGAGUGAUGAUGUGGAGCUCGCUCCAAAAAAACCGGAGGAUAAUGAAGAUGGUGCAUUUGUUGCUGAUGAAAUUAGGCCCCUCAAAAAGGCAAAAUCUGUAGGUGAUGAGAAGUGUUGUACUGAUGAAUUGAAUAAUGAUUCUUGUGUCUCUGUGGAAUGUAAAGGUGCCAACAUGAUGCAAAAAGACACAGAGCAAAGCUCCAGAAGGAAUGAACUAGAGGCGAAAAUGGAUAACAUUAUCACAGAUGCUGAUAUGUGCCUAAAAUUACACUCGCGUGAAAAGAAAUUGAUCGAUUUCAGAGAAAAGCUGUAUCUGGCACCUUUAACCACUGUUGGGAAUCUCCCUUUCCGAAGGAUUUGCAAGGUGUUGGGAGCAGAUGUAACAUGUGGGGAAAUGGCUAUGUGCACAAAUCUCUUGCAGGGUCAGGCUUCAGAGUGGGCACUGCUAAGACGACAUUCAUUGGAGGACUUGUUUGGCGUACAGAUAUGUGGGGCACAUCCAGAUACUGUGGCCCGGACUGUAGAACUUAUUGAUCAAGAAUGUACAGUUGACUUCAUUGAUAUAAAUAUGGGAUGCCCAAUUGACAUUGUUGUUAACAAAGGUGCUGGGUCAGCUCUUCUUAUGAAACCACUGCGGAUGAAAAAUGUUAUAAGAGCAGCUUCAGGCACAGUCGAUCAACCAAUAACUGUCAAGGUGCGAACAGGUUAUUUUGAAGGAAGAAAUCGCAUUGAUUCAUUUAUUUCAGAUAUUAGAUCUUGGGGAGCUACUGCAGUAACAAUACAUGGCAGGUCACGCCAACAGCGCUACAGCAAGCUUGCUGAUUGGGAUUAUAUAUAUGAUUGUGCAAGAAAGGCACCUGACUCGUUGCCAGUCCUGGGAAAUGGGGAUGUAUUUUCGUAUUUAGAGUGGAACAAACACAAGUCUGACUGCCCUGAGCUCUCGUCAUGCAUGAUUGCUCGAGGGGCAUUAGUUAAGCCUUGGAUAUUUACUGAAAUUAAGGAACAGAGGCACUGGGACAUCAGUUCUGGGGAAAGGUUAAACAUAUUGAAGGAUUAUGUACGAUUUGGCCUUGAACACUGGGGUUCUGACACAAAAGGAGUCGAGACUACUAGGCAUUUCUUGUUGGAAUGGCUAAGCUACACAUAUAGAUACAUUCCUGUUGGUCUCUUAGAUGUUAUCCCACAACGACUGAACUGGCGACCACCUUCGUAUUUUGGUCGCGAUGACCUUGAAACACUGAUGGCAUCUGAUUCUGCAGCUGACUGGAUUCGGAUCUCUGAGAUGUUGCUCGGAAAGGUUCCUUCUGGUUUCACAUUCGCACCAAAGCAUAAAUCCAAUGCCUACGACAGAGCUGAAAAUGGUUAAUUUUGAGGAGGUGGGAUGUCUUGGCAGAUGCGAUGUUCAUUUCAUGCCUUUCCACUCACUCAAUUUAGAAGUCCCCAAGUUUGUGUUAUGCCAUGAACCUGGCAUUGGUAUGCUGCUUCAUGAAGAAAAGGCGAUUGGGCAAACGAACUUGGACUGGUAACUUCUGUAUCAUCAUCAAUGGGAAGUGCACUUUGAACUUGCUAACGUUGUCUUUUUGGUUAGCCUCGUUUUUUUUUACAUCAAAGGGCUUUAUAUUUACCCAAAGAUACUAAUAGCACAGCAAUGGGAAAUUGCAACAAUUUCAUUUUGAACUUACCAUUUAACCACACCUGCGAACUCAAAAGACUGCUAGUUAUUUAUUUAUUUAUUUCUUGUUAUUUCUAAAAAUGUUUGCAAAUAUUUGAAGCACAGUUGAUUUGAUGUGGCUUCUGUAAUGAAUCUCAAAAAGGUUUAUGCUAUGAGAGUUCUAUUGCAAAAAAACGACUCUAAAAAUGCAUGUACCAGAGCUUAAAGGUGCUCUUAUAAGAGUUUCAGGAGUUCUAAGGCUCAUUUACAACUU